AAGUCUAGUCCUAAUCCCCUAAGUCACUGAACUUAUCAUUUUUUUGCAUUUUCUUUUUUUACCUUAUCCAGUAGAUUUGUCUAGAUCUAGAUUUCUAUAUAGAACUAGAUCUAAAUCUAGAUCUAGAAAUCUAGAUCUAAUCCAGGUCUAGAAAAGAAUCAAGCGUCCUGAUGGUCAAUCGGUAAUUAAAAUUUCGGUCAAUCAAUGGUGGAUACAGAAAAUCAAGAUGUGCAAGAAAGAUACCCAUUGCAUCGGGCUGCUAGAGAAAGUUCUUUUGAAAGCUUGAAAACUUUGCUUGAGUCUGGCAAAUUUAACAUUAAUGAAGGAACGUUUGAUCUCAUCAGACCUCUUCAUGAAGCAUGUUUGGCUGGAAGUAUAGACUGUGUUUCUUUAUUACUCAAACAUGGUGCUAAUGUAAAUUUAGGAAAUAUAGAUGGCGCCACUGCACUUUGUGAUGCAUGCUGGAUUGGUAGUGUUGAGUGUGUUCAGCUGUUAAUAGAUCAUGGGGCUGAUGUGAACCCUCCAUUUCUCUUCUCAACACCAUUGCAUGAAGCUGUGUUUCGAGAUCAUUGGGAAUGUGUUCAGCUAUUGGUUAAGAAGGGAGCUUGUAUUGAUAAAAGUGACUGCCACUAUGGAACACCACUUCAUGUUGCUGCUUGUAAAGGUCAUGUCAAAAGUGCCCAAGAGCUGUUACGUGCUGGUGCUAAUCCAAACAUUUCAAAGAUUCACCACACACCACUCCAUGAAGCUGCCAGAAAUCAGAACUUUGAGCUACUUCUGCUGCUUCUUGAACAUGGUGCCAAUGUGUAUGCACAAAAUAAUAGUGGUCUAACUGCCAGACAGCUUGUCCCAAGGGCCAUGUCUCCAUGCAAGCAACAACUGUUAGACUGGGAAAGUUUUCCAAGAUCUCUACGUCACUACUGCAGAUUAUGUAUACGUACUGCUCUUGGUCCUAAACGUCUUCUACGUGUUGACAACCUGCCGUUACCCAAGAUUGUGCUUAGAUAUUUAGAACAUUACUAGAUAACAAUUCAUAGAGAAUGGAAAUAAAAAAAAAAUAAACAUUUGGAAAGCCAA